GAGGGAAUGGUCAUGCCCUUAUUCCCUUAUUCUCCUCUUUAUACUAAAACUGUCCAUCCUUUCUUCUCUGCUUGAGACCAUCCCCAGGUUCUUCCCUUCCCCCACCCCCUCGCAUGUAUCCUAGAGAUCUGAAAGUCUUGCUGGAAUGGAGACUCCUCUUGAGAAGGCCCUAACCACCAUGGUCACCACUUUCCACAAAUAUUCGGGAAGGGAGGGUAGCAAAUUGACCCUGAGCAGGAGAGAAUUGAAGGAGCUGAUCAAGAAGGAGCUAUGCUUGGGAGAGAAAAUGCAGGAGAGCGGCAUCGAUGAACUGAUGAAAAGCCUGGACCGGAACAGUGACCAGGAGAUUGACUUCAAGGAGUAUUCCGUGUUCCUGACCACACUGUGUAUGGCCUACAAUGACUUCUUCUUGGAAGAAAAUAAAUAAAUAAAUGAUAGGCCACUGUCCUGGGGGCUAACCUUCCCAGUAUAGCCCCUCACUAGGACCUUCAUUCCCAUUCCACCCCUCCCCAAUUAUUGAUAAUGGGACUAAUAAAUCCUCCGGGUCUAUUUUACCCAGAGCUAGUAGACCUGUACUGUUUCCCUGGAGGGUACACUUUAAAUCUUCCUUGCCCUACUCUCUUUCUUUUUCUUUCUUUCUCUCUUUUUCUCCCCCCCUUUCCU